AUGGAGUCCGGUGAUUUGGCGGAGGUGUCCCGCCGAAUCCGGUGUUUGCAGCGGAAGCUGCGUCGUCGCCGCGUGAAGGAGGAUGCGCAGCAAGGCUUUUUAAGCCCCAAGAUGGCAAGCUCAGCACUUAUGGUUUAUGUUUUUAGCGGCCAUGACUUGGAUAUGGCUGCCCAAUUCUUGGCUUUCAAGUUGCGCCUUGCAGAUGACCGCAUGGAAGACAUGCGCUGCAUGUUUGAGCAGGUUUACACGCAAGAGCCAACUCCCCAGAUUGUGGAUUUGAUGAAUGACCGAUGCCUUAUGACCAGGAGCCUGCGAGUGAUGACAGCUGCCUGCACUUUCAUCCUGCAGCGACGCCUGUACACGUGGCUUUGUCAACAAAAUUGCAAGCAUGGAGUGGCUCCCAGCAGGCUUCAAAUGGUCCGACGUGCCCUUGCACUGGUGCCUUUAGAGUGUCCGCUGGAAGUGCAAGCCUCUGUUGCGGCGUCCUUGCGAAGCUCUGCGCGGCAGCAACGGAAGUGGCUGCGCCGUUUCCGACAAGUAUGGGGAGCUCGUUUGGGGGUGCUGAAAAACAUUUCAAGUUUGUCACCCCAGGACAUGCAGGAGAAGGCCUUUGCCUAUUUCCGUUGGGUGAAUGGUGCCUUGGCCCAGAGCGCAAAGGCGCCGUUGAUCAUCAACAUGGACGAGGCUUCUGUAGCGUUCCAUUUGAGUGGCCUGGUUGGUACAGUGUUGAAAACGGGCCCUUUUACUUCAUUACGCCCAGGGGACAGCGUCAAGCUCAGCGCGCGCAGGGGAGCUCUGACCUACAUAGCUUCCAUUUGCGACGAUCCUACAGUCAAUGAUUUGUUGCCCCAGAUAUUGCUCGGAAAUCCUCACCAAUUUGUGCUACGCACAAUACGGGCUGUGCAGUCAGAGCUGCCUGCAAACAUUUUUCUUUGGCGGGAAGAGAGCUCUUGGAACAAUGCUAGGAUCAUGCAGAAAUACAUCGACCUUCUUUGCAGCCGGCUGGGAGGAAUUCUGGAGGAACGGACUGUUUUCCUGGUUGUUGAUAUGGCAGCUUGCCACAUACAGCCAAGCGUCCAUUCGCACGCCUUGGAGCAAGGAGUCAGGAUGAUAUUGAUCCCGGCGGGCAUGACUGCGGUGUUACAGCCCCUAGACGUGUAUGUCUUCAGUCAGUUCCGCUCAAAGAUGCAGGAGUUGUGGCUUGAUUGCAAGGGCGCUGCCGAAGAUGGUGAGGUGACCCUGGCCCUUUGGCUGAAAGUAGUUUCCAAUGCAAUUCAAUUGAUUAUUGCUGGGAAGAAUUGGCGCCGAGCUUUCCAGCGAGUAGGUUUGAUGUCAGGGCAAAGUCUGCUCUCUGCGAAGAUUUUGGAAGCUUUGGGUUGGAGCUCAUGCCCAGCGGUGCCAGAAAUUCUUCCUGCAGUGGGCCAAGCAGUCCUUGCAGAGGAGCUGAAGAACUUGAAGGACCAGAAGAAGAGCUUGCGCGAGGCUAUGAAGAAAAACAAGAUGGACCGCCAGUCUGCAAAGAGACGCGAAAGCCGUCUAGUCAAGGUGCAUUGCGCGACGCCUGCUUGUGUAAUGCCUUUUUAUGUUGAAGCAGGCCGCCAAGCAGCUCUCCACAGCAGAUUUGAAGCGCUUGGUCGAAGCGAAGGAGAAAGCUGA